UGGAACUGAAUACUGAAAAUUUCAAAUAUGCAAUUAAAAACGCAUCUCUUAAGAAAGUUGUAAUGUGUUUUUCAACGCCUUAGCCAUAUCUCCCUCCCCACCCCAGGGAUAUUUUCAGCGACAGAAAACUCACGCACGCGCUGAUAUAGCACACGUGCAACGUUCAAAUCAAAUGGAGGUCUCUGUUAAGUCAGCUGAAGGCGAAGUUCAUAAGGAGAAGAAACACAAAAAACGAAAACAAAAAGAGUUGGAUCCUAAAGAGGACGUGGACAUUUUAAACGAUAAUUCUGGUAGCGUUGAUUUAACUGCGAUUCAAAACAUUUGUACUUGCUUUGGAAUAGGCGGUCUAUAUAAUGCAAAGAAAAGGUUGGAUUUCUACUGGCCUUUCGAGUCUGGUUUGCUAGCACAGGCUAAUUUCCUGAACAUUGGCUGGAAAAUCGAGUCAAAAGCAGGGUUACUAGCACCACUUAAUGAUGAUUGGAGUCCUGUAGACGAAAUCCAGAACCUACCCCCAGGAAUGAAACAGAGAUAUGCAAAGGAAAUGUCCGAAAAGUCUUUUCAGCUUCUGGGGCUAAUAAAAAGAGUUUCACAACUGUUUAAAAAGCUACAUGAAGGAAGAAAGUACACAAAGGAUGUCACAAUGGAUGUCUACCUUAAGGAUGUGAAAACAAAACCUUCCCUGCCUCCACCAGACCAGUAUAUCGAGAUUGGUCUUUGGAGACAGGUUAUGCAGAUAAACCAACAGAUUUGUCGCAAAAUGGAGGAACUGGACAAGAUGGAUAAAAACAGUCCAGAUAUCUCUAAGGAAAGCGGCUCAAAGAAAACAACAGAAAAUAAAAAAGAAAACGAAAGUAAGGCAGAAGAUAAUACGAAUUCUUUCCGUGACUUUUACAUGGAGAUGGUAACGUCUAAUUUUGGUGACGACCUAGAUCGCCUUCGACAGGAGGGAAAUUUAGACUCGAAAAAAGUUGAAAUGCUGAUAAAAUGUUUGGAAACUGGAAAGGAUAUUUGGACUGACUUGGAAAGAAGCUUACUACAGUCAACAGGGUCAUGAAUACUUCAUUGCAGUGGAUUUUAGUAUUUAUGCACGAAAUUCAUGGGAAGAAGAUGUAUAGGCGAAUCUUUGUUUACACUUUUUGCCUCAUUAACAUUUGCUUAUCACUAUCUGAUGACGCUAAUGAAAGAAAAACUCUGAAUAUUGAAAGGGC